AUGGCAUCCCGGCCUCUUCUUCCUCAAUUCCUUAUCCCGUUCCUCGCGCUGCUCUGCCUCGCUCCCGCUAGUGCUGCAAGGAGAGUCUCGGUGUCGGUGUACUACGAGGCGCUGUGCCCGUUCUGCUCCAGCUACAUCGUGAACGACCUUGCCAAGAUCUUCCAGAACGGCCUCUCCUCCAUUGUUGACCUCCGCCUUGUGCCGUUUGGCAAUGGGCGCGUCUCACCCGACGGAUCCAUGACCUGUCAGCAUGGGGAGGAUGAAUGCCGACUCAACGCUAUAGAAGCUUGCGUGAUCAGACUAUGGCCUGAUGCGGAACAUCAUUUCCCUUUCAUAUACUGCAUCGAGCAUUUAGCCCUGACUCAGAAAUGGAGAGCGUGGGAGUCUUGCUUUCACGAAACUGGUCUGGCCUCUCAGCCUGUCAUAGACUGCUAUAACUCAGGAUCCGGCAGACAGCUCGAACUCCAGAACGCUGCAGAGACGUUUGCACUACAGCCCCCGAAUCAGUUUGUCCCUUGGGUGGUCGUGAACGGGAGACCCCUUGGUGAUGAUUACACGAACUUUGAGGCCUACAUUUGCAGCGCUUAUGAUGGCGAACUUCCAGUGGCGUGCAGGGGGAAGCACCUGGCAAUUACUCAACACACAAAAGCAAGCCGAGGAGACAAGGUUUGCCCGGUUAGCACAACUGUCGAACACAUUCUAAGCUCAACCCUUUUUGUUCCAAGAGGCGCUGCAUUUCUGCUGGCCACUCUGCAGUUUGAUGUGCUGUCAGUGUAG